UUUUUUCCUUUUAUUUCCAUUUCCUUCUAUUCCUCCAAUUUUAUUUUUAUCAAUGGUAUAAACUGAUUAUAAACGCCAAUAGUCUUCCCCGAGAAGGUCUCGCUCGUAAGAGCACUGACGAUGGUCGCGAAGACGAGAAAGGUGGAACAGAGCGGGCAGCGGAGAAACGAAAGGAAGGGCUCGAUCACGCGUGGGGCGAAGGGGAAGGAAAGCGAUCGGAGUCGGGUGUCGAUUAAACGGCGGAGGGGGAUCUAUCGCGCACGCGCGCGACGCGAAACGCGCGUGCGAUUGCGGCGGACGUCGCGUCGUCGCGGGCUCCUGAAACGCAGUUUCCGCGAAUCGCUGCUCGGCGAAAAAAGUGCGUACACGCGUGCCGCUCCGAUGUCGUUCGGGAUGUCAGUCAGGCGAGGCGCCGUCGGCCUGGGGGUCAUCGCGUUGCUUCGAUGAGAGGACAAGGCAGGCUGGAAGCGCAGCAUCCGCGGAUGCAGCCAAUAUGGAUUCCCACGUCGGUCUCGACUACAUCGUGGAUAAUCCCGAUUAUUGCGUCAAGCUCGCCUCAGCGUUGGAGACGGCAUGCUCGUCCGUGAAGAAGCAAGUCGUGGAGCUGCUGUCGGCGCUGUGUGUUUACAGCCAAGACGGCAGGCAGAGAGCCAUCGAUACUCUUCACACGUACCAGGAGCGGAAGGGCGAGCGUUAUCGAUUACGAGUUGUGGUCGACGAGCUACAGAAAGCGACGGCCGAGGAUUACCAGACGGCACUGCUGGCAUUUAUAAAUUGUUUGGUCAUCUCGACGCCGGUGCUCAAGGACCGCAUACGUAUUCGCAACGAGUUCAUCGGUCUCAAGCUCCUGCCGAUCCUGAAUGAGCUGCGGAAAAGCCACGCGCCGGAUGUGAGGGUACAGCUGGUUGCCUUUGACGAUCAACGGGAGACCGACGAGGAGCUCACGAAUCACGGACCGCCCGGGAUCGAUCUCUCCUCUCACGUGGACGUCUUUUAUGCCAUCCUUGGUCAAGUCGCAGACACUCCGCAGGAGAUACCCUUUCUGAGUGUCCUGCAGCAUCUGCUGCGGCUUGACCCGAAAGACGCCGCCAGCGAUCUGGCAUGGGACACCGCGGAGACCCUGGUGCAUCGAGCCACGUUGCUGGAGAGUCGCGAGGAUGCCACCAAGUUGCUGAGGUCGCCUAGUCUUCAAACGAAUCUAUGCUGUCACUGUCGUGGCGCCGAUCAGACGUGCGGAACGUCGCGAAAAGCGUCGCUGCCGGCGAACAACAGUUCGACGGCACCCUUACCGCCACCGCCGCCACCCCCGGUUCCGGUGGCGUCGUUUCCGGGCCCACCAACGCCGCCGGGCGGUACCGGGUUUGUUCUACCGCCGCCACCUCCACCGCCGCUUUUCGCUAACGUCGCUACAUCUGAUGCACCGAUGGAGCCGCCGAUGCCACCCCCUCUACGCGUGCCCCCCGUCGCACGCGCACCUACCCCCGAACCGCCCAGUAAUCACGCCAGGCUGCUGCCGCAACAAGAAAUUCCCACCCCUAGAACGAAGAUGAAGACCAUCAACUGGAACAAGAUACCUAAUCAUAAGGUGAUUGGCAAACGAAACAUCUGGUCCCUCGUCGCGAACGAACAUCAGAAUUCCCCGAUGGCGGAUCUAGACUGGGCCGAGAUGGAGGGCUUGUUUUGCCAGCAAGUCCCACCGAUGGUACCACCAGCGAUCUACUCGACCUCGUGCGGCACUGGCGUCGACGUCGAACGACGUCGUCGAGAACCAACAGAGAUCGCGUUACUCGACGGCAAGAGGAGUCUGAACGUCAACAUUUUUCUGAAGCAGUUUCGAAGUUCGAACGAGGACAUAAUCCAGCUGAUCAAGGAGGGCGGUCACGAUGAUAUCGGCGCGGAAAAACUGCGCGGCCUGCUGAAAAUAUUGCCCGAAGUGGACGAACUCGAAAUGCUCAAGAGCUUCGACGGCGACAAGUCGAAGCUCGGUAACGCCGAAAAGUUCUUUCUGCAGCUUAUCCAAGUGCCAAAUUACAAGUUACGUAUCGAGUGCAUGCUGCUGAAGGAAGAAUUCGCCGCGAAUAUGAGCUACUUGGAGCCAAGCAUUAACUCGAUGAUACUUGCCGGUGAGGACCUCAUGACGAACAAGCCCCUGCAGGAGGUGCUGUACAUGGUCCUGGUCGCUGGUAAUUUUCUCAACUCAGGCGGUUAUGCUGGCAAUGCAGCGGGCGUGAAGCUCUCCUCGUUGCAGAAGCUAACCGAAAUUCGCGCGAACAAGCCAGGGAUGAAUCUGAUACACUACGUAGCAUUGCAAGCCGAGAGAAAACGGAAGGAUCUACUGAGCUUUGCGAAGAACAUGACUGCCCUAGAAGCAGCGACAAAGACGACGAUCGAACAACUGACCAACGAAUUUAAUAGCUUGGACACGAAGAUCAAAAAGAUCAAGAAUCAGAUCCAACUCUCUUCGACCGAAAUAGAUAUACAGGAGCAGAUGGCACAGUUUCUUCAAAUGGCCGAGCAAGAAAUGGCGCAAUUGAAGAGAGACAUGGAGGAGCUCGAGGGAGUGAGACGAUCGCUCGCGGAAUUCUUUUGCGAGGAUACGAACACAUUCAAGAUCGAAGAGUGCUUCAAAAUAUUCCAUCAGUUCUGCCAGAAGUUCAACCAGGCAGUCGCGGAGAACGAGAGACGACGCAUCCAAGAGGAGCAGAUCCUGGCGCGUCGUAAACAGCGCGAGGAGCAAUUGCUGGCGAGAAAACGAUUGCUAAGCAAUCAAGCGGAAACGCCGGGCUCGGAAUCUGAAUCUAACUUAAUGGACUAUGGGCUUUUCGACCUCCACACCGGUUUACCUCAGAGAAAUUACAGCCGUGGCGAGGCCAAGAUAAGAAGAUUACAGAACGGUGGCGUUACGUCGGACGAGGAUGUCUCGGUCAUUGGGUCACCGAGCAUCCGACGUCGUUUAGGCUCGUGUUCCGGCCAUCCCGAUCAACAGUCUACCAAAGAAGACACGUAUUCACCAGAUAUCACGCCUAACGGCACACUUCGUCGGCGCAGGAGUAGAAUACCCUGCGAGGACGAUGACGGAAAUCUGAUGGACUUUUUACGAACGUCCGGACAGGAUAAUACCCGGGAGAGAAAAUCAUGGGGAAGCUUAGAUCGAUCAUGGGCGCGGAGAGCUCGCGGACAAUCGCGAAGAGGAGAUCUGCUGAACGCCGAUUUUUCGGGGGAUCGGGAACGACCGAGUUCACCGUCUCCUCUCGCGGAGAGUAAACCGUUCCUACAAGAGGAGGAAGCAAAGCCAAGCGGGAAAGCCUGGCGCCAAAAGAUCGAGGCGUGGCUGUCGGAGAACGAAAAGGAGGAUCGUGCGGGCGAGCAGCUUCAGAGAAGAGCGAAGCAAUUGCAUCAAGCGAACCGACGGUCCUUCGAAGACUCGGAAAGCGAAGGCAAGAGCUGUCCGAUGAAUACCUUGGCGGAAGAUCAAACCGUGCUUGAAGGAGGAUUUUCUGAAGUUUACGACUGGCGACCAUCCGUCGAGAAAACGGAUGUGAUGCGCACGAUGGAGGCCAUUGAAGAAGCUCAACCGCUAUCGUCCCAGGACAAGUCUCCCUGGCGAAAAUCAAGCUUAAACGUACCAAAUAGUAUAGAAGAAGCUGAUCCACGUUAUUCCCGUAGAUUUAGAUCGCGACACAACACGGAGAACGCUCUCAUGCCGAGCACAUUGCAAGCAAUCAGAGAAGAAGACAGGAAGAAAAACAAGAUCAGUGACGCGAUAAAUUUAGAUACUCAGGACGAGUUGACAAUCUAUCUGCGGCAGCCGUACACUAGAACGCAAACCCCUACAACCCGGCGAUUCUCCAAGCUCAGCAGAAAAGCCACGGACGAGGAUAGAGUCAGCGAUAAGAUCGAGAUUGAUUCGGACAACAUUGAGACGCCACCGGCAACCAGACGAUUGUUCAGUCCGCCAAGAGAGGUAAAACCUGUGGAGAAGGAACCUUGUAAAAGGGAACGUUGCAGCAGCUCCCUCCAGAGUCGAGAAACAAAGACUGCGAUAUUGAAACCGAUUAGCUCCGGCACGGAUCUAGGGACCGGUAAUUUUGAUAGAUAUUCAGCGACGCGACGAACACGUAGGUACAAGAAAAGCCAAGACCCUACGGGGGACAAAGACAAGUCGGAUGUGUCGAACCUCGAAAUGGUUUACGACGACAAGUCGACAGUGCAGCGGCCCAAUACCCUCGUACUCGCUGAUGAGGGAAUCCACCACAAGGACGCGGACGCGGACGUCAUGCUGCGCGUUUGGCAGGAUAAGCUGAAGCGGCGCGACACUGCCUCGUCAUCGUUGUCGCACGACAUCGAUGCCGCGUUAGCGGAGAUCGCGCGCUCCGGUGAAGAUCUUCAACAUCUGUCGCGCUCGGCAUCGACGACGACAACGUCGACGACAACGGGUCACAGAAGCUCGCGACUUCCGGUCAGCCAACCGCCGCCAGUGGUGGCGGUGACCAACACCGUGUUGAGUCCGGUGAUGCAGGAGUCGCGACCGCGCGAACCCGUCACAAUGCUCACUGAACGGGCGGUGACGAGCCGUGAGCGUCAUCGGAGCAUGAUCGAUCCGAGUCAAGUGAAGGAAGCGGUCCGUUUGACCAGCAAUCCACCCAGUCAAGUGAACCAGGACCAGGAAAUCGUCAGUGGCUUCCCGCGAAACGCAAGUUUGCCGCGCGACCGAAACAAUGAGCAGGACGACGUAUCCAAGAUUGUGGAUGAAGAAAAGCGUGUGGAUCUCAAGCCGAUCGGGGGCACGAGAGAGGUCGAGAAGAACAGUCGAUCCGUGGACGAUUCGCGCGACGAUCGGACGACGACUCGGCAGAGUCCCAUGUUCCGCAGUCGAUUUAUACCUGAUAUAAGUGUGACAUCGUCGCCGCCAUCGUCUGGCAAGAGCAGAGAUCAGGAAUUGAACGACGAAGGCUUCGAAGAGACUCAGAGUCUCGUGUCGGAGACCUUGAGCCAGGAGACGUCCUCGGGCAAUUACGAGACUGACACGCAUGAUUCGACGCGAUGCUCACCGGCGGAACUGGGCGGUUACGGCGGCGUCGACGUAGCACGUGAACGCAGCGCUAUCCCGGUGAUGGACGUUGACGUCCUGGACAGGCGGGGAUUAUUCGUCGACAAGUUACUGAAGCCGACUUCCGACAAGGCGUUCGAUAAAAAGCCGACCGCGAGGAACGCAUCGGAGAAAUCCAGUUUCCUGCCGAAGCGCACCGCGAGCACGAAGCGCGAGUCUUCCGCGUUGAGGAAGACCGAGUCCCUGAAAAGAACCUCGAACCUUAUCCCAUUGUGCGAUACAGGAAUGUCGAGAAGCGAGGUGCAACGUUCCGGUUCCAGAAGUAGCCUACGCAGUUCACGGAGCUCUCUCAACAGCGCGACGUCUGUCAACACGGUGCGAAAUCUGGCCGCGAAUCACACGCAUCUGCGAAGCUACACCUCGGCCAUUCGAGCGCUGACCAACGAUCUGAGGAAGAGCAGUCCGUCCAACAGCCCCUUGCCGUCCAAGGACGCGGUCGACAAAAGACGGCCGAGUCCUCGUCCGUUCGGUGUUAGCAGGAUACCUGCCAGUAGAAGCAGCAGCAGCGGCAGCAGCGUUGGCCCGGCAAUGAGAAACGUUCGAAAAGCACCCGAGGUGGUACCUGGCAUGCCAAAGGUCACAAGAGGCCGGCCGAUCGCCUCGCGUAGCAGCAGCAGCGGAAGCAGCGUCGGUCAGCAAUCAAUCUUAAGAAGUCGACCGCUUUCCGGUGAUAAAACGUCUGUAACAAAGAGCAGAUUGAUGCAGCCGCGUAUCAGCUCGAAGAAUCACAGCUUUAUGAGACCUACGGCCGCCAGCGUCAACAAGGGUUCCACGCCAAACUUGCCCAAGAGCAUCAAAGUUAUGGUCAAGUGAUAACUCUCAUUGAUAAAGAAUU